UUUACAAUAUAUUUUCAUAUAACAUUGAACUAAUGUAAUACAAGACAAUAUUUAUUUGUAUAAUUGCUUAUUCAACCAAGGUUAUAUCUAAGUAAACUAAAUUGAAAUUUAUAAAACAAUAUUAUACUGAAUUUUUUAUUGCAACAUAUUGUUUAAUAUAUAAUUUCUUUAAGAAGUGAGAAUGGUAAAAUUUGCCUUAAUUCUUGUGUUCAUUUCAGUGUUUCUAGAACCUGUCAUAAUUUCUGCACCUGUAGAACUGGAAGAAGAUGAUUCUAUAGAAAUUCCAGUUAAAUCCACAAGAAGGCCCAAUAGUGGAUUAGCGUUCCUAAGGCCAGCGGACGACGCUAUAUUCAAUUUUAUAAACAAAUUAGUGAAUACCAGUUAUUUAUCAUCGAAAAUGAUGGUUAACAGAGUGAAGGCUCAAAGUGAAGUUAGGAAAGAAAUUGAAGACCAAGUAGAAGAGUUCUUAGAAAAUCUACCCAGUGCUCCAAUUCCUAUUGUAGAUGAUCUUAUAUUAUCUAAGAGAAAAAUUAUUCCAAGAAACAUUGCAUGAACUAUAUUUUUUUCUAAUAUGAAUAAUUUUGUACCUUUAAUUAGAAGCGGUGUUAUUAUCUAUUAUAAAUAAUCUUAGAGA